CGGCAUUUCUAUCGAGCUCAACAACACGCCUGCAUAGCGACAACACAAGUACGAGUGGAUUUUGUGUUUCUGUUUUCUUAAAACACUGGCGUUGAAGCAAAGUGAUGACUGACAAGUGAUGCUAGCCCUGUAUUGCAGGAUGUCAUUUGUAAGCCAUUGAUGGAGCUGUGCAAAGAUUCCUGAUGCAAAAGUAAAUAUCACCAUUCUGGCGAUCGCAGCAUUUGUAAACACAGCCUGGAGGGAACCUUUCCCGGAAUGGAACGCUGCUCUGAAGGAAUGGGGAGUGCUUUGGGAUUUACAUAUAUACUUGUUCGGAGUCUUAUUUGGGCUCAUAUCAAUCUACUUCCUCUACGGACUGAUGGGAGUCGUCUUCAAAUAUCCCAUCAGCAAGAAUCUUUCCAUGGUCGCCAUGUAUACCUCCGGGUCAAUCUUUGCAAUAACAAGGUUUGUGGUGCUGUUCCUGGACCCUUAUUACCAAGGGUCCAUAUUCCUAGGAGCGCAGCCGACUCAGCUAAUGUGGGACCUGGGUCCACUAUCGCUUAUCACCAUAGAGUUCGCAUUGAUAUGGGUUCUUCUCAAAGCUGCAAGUAAGGUUAUCCUUUUGCGAGCGGCAUCAAGGACCCCGCUGUUGUUUAUUAUGCUCGCAUUUGCCAGCUAUUUCGCCAUCUACGUGUCAAAGCAAGUUAUAGGAACUCAAAUCACUGAGGCCUUAAGUCAAGGAUGUUGCUUUGCUUUGGGCGUAACUAACAGCUUUCUGUUUUUCUACCUUGCGUUGUUCAUCAAGAGGGGACAUGCAGAAAUACAUCUGCCAUUACAAGAUCACUUAAUAGGCCUUCUCGUUGGCUGCUUUAUCAUGCAGCUGACUCUCAGCCUUACUUACCUUUACUCUGCUUUUAAGAGCGGCGUAUUCAGUGGUAGUUCGCUAGAAGUAUUUCCCGACUCAUGGAGCUGGUGGUGGAUCCAGUCAAGCACAAGAACAAUGGAGUUCCUCAACUGCAUUUUACUAAUUUUAGCGAGCAUGAAACGACAACGCAGGUUCCUCAACCUUGAACCACUAGAUUACGAUCUCCUGAAGUCGUUCACUGAAUUUGCAGCGAGGGCAAACGAGACAUACGGCGAGACUACGUCAUCUAGCGAGACAAUGGGCUCAUCAAUUCCUAGUUCAAAUUCGCAAAGUCAGAGGGAGAACCCCAGUGUGAUUGAAGUCCCACGUGCCAUAGCAAAUCCCAGAACUGGUGAAACCACAGGGAGCACCUCUCAGGGGACCAUCUCCACUGCUGUUGAGAAAAAAUCUACAGGGUCCACUGUUACGGUAAGGGCGUCUAUCGGGACAGUCAUCAACCAGGAGUCCUCCGAUUCAACAGAAAAUGUCUAUUACGAGGAUAGCAGGGACAAGGGGGUGUGGUGGGAGGACAGAGGGGCGUGGGCGCCAGAUAUGUACGGGUUGGACUAUGAUACGUUUGACGAGGAGCCUCGCCAUGUCUACCUGAGCAUCACAGAAGAGAGCUUAUUAACUGACUACGGGUACGAGGAUUAUGACGACUACCUUCAAACAACAGACAUGGAAACUGAUACAGACGUUGAUGCGGGUCAUUUGUACGCUUUUGAUAAACCCAGAGAUAGCUUCACGGAAGAUACCGACGUCGAUUCAGGGUAUGUGUAUACUUUUGGUAAACCUGAGGAUAGUUUUACUGAAGACGAGGACACCCUUGAGGAAGAUUCAGACUUUGAUACGGGGAUUAUGAACGCCUUCGUUAAACCAAGAGACGAAGACUACGGUCAAGGGUAUACGAUGGAUUUUACAAUGGGAUUUGGCAAUGAGGAAUAUUUUGAUCCAAAUUAUCUGGAUGAUCUGACGAUUCCGGAUUUCCAUAGAGCAGGACGAGAGGGUGGCGGAGACGACUACGAGCAGGAGUAUGAGGAGGAAUACCUGGAAGAUGGAACCAUCCAAGAACAAGAUGAGCCAUACUAUGAUGAUUAUUACGAGGACCAGGAGACGCUCGGUUACGAAGAUGGGAAUUUCGUCGACGAAGAUUACGGACGUGAUUAUGAUCAGGAUUAUUAUUAUUACGAACAAGAUGAUGACGGGAAUUACUAUUAUUACGAAGAUAUGGAAUGAAUAAGUCUGUUAUAGCCUUGAUGUUACAAGGGCUAUGUUGUGGACGAGAUUUAUACGAACAGGAUUAUUAUUACGAACAAGAUGAUGACGAGAAUUACUAUUAAUACGAAGAUAUAGAAUGAAUAAGUCUAUUAUGGCCUUGAUGUAAGGGUUUCGCCGAAGAAGAUUGUGGACGAGAAUUAUACGAUCAGGAUUAACCAUUUAUACCUCCCAGAUGAUGAUUUUUACGAAGAGAAGGAAUCAAUAGGUUAGUUAUGCCUUUGAUUGGGCAAACACAUCCUGAAACGGUCUCUAUAAGAAUUUCACAGUUUUGUAAAGUCAGGACCGGGCUGUAGCAGGGGGGUGGGGCACUGUGGGCACGUGCCCCCAUUAUUUAAAAAAUAUAUAUAAUAAAAUGACCAGUAGGGGCGUGGCUGUCCCCCCAAUAUAAAAAAGAGACCAACAGAACCUAAAAAAUAUUAAUUCCGAUGUUUUUGAAAAUAAGAUGUGGCACAUCCUCUUAUACAAAGCUAUAUUUGUGAAAAUAUGUGGGGGGGAUAAUGUAAUAUAAACAAUUUUUAAAGAAAGUAUGUAAAAUAAAAUAAUUACGAUCAUAUAAUAUUUUAAUGAUAACAAUAAACUAUCGAUCACAUAUACCAUUUUUUACCAUACAAUACUUUUAUUUGAUCAUCAAAGAACAAUAUCAGUCACGUAUGGCUUGUGCUUUCGGGGGGACUGAUUGGCUACAUGACACGCGCGCUUAUAGUGGUCUAGCACAGUUGCAUCACGGUUCACGCGGCUCUAACUUUAUCACCGCGGGGGCCUGAGGAUUAGCGGUAAACCCCACUUCGUUGCUAUUUCUCUCGCGUGUUAUCAUGUGGUGGAAAUGUGAGAACAGAUCUUGGAAAGCUUCUUUAGCCUUCUGCUUCAUCUCCGAUAGACAGACCAAAUAAAUGAGAGGAUUAACCAUGCAGUUGACCAAGCUGAUGACCAAUCCAACGAUGCGAGUUGUGUACUCAUCUGCAAUGGUCGUGUCGAUGAAAUUUCCGGCAAUCAGAGCCGUGUACACGAAGGCAAACAGAUAUAGGCAGAAGAACGCCAGAAUUACCGCCGCCGCCGUGUGACUGAGCUUGUAGUGCCUCAGUGUAGAUGUAAUAGAGCUUGACGACUGAUCAGGGCAGGUCUGGCGACGCUUGCGGUGCAAGUACAUAAGUAUGCGAAUACUCAUGACUACCAGGCUAGGGCAGAGAUGAAGAAGACCACGAUGGCGAUGGUCAGGUUGAGUGCCUUAGAGAUGGGGUCUUCGGACACUGUGCAUAGCCGCGUGUACUGAUCGGUGAUCGGUGAUGGGGUAUGUCUUCAAGGUGAAGGUACACCCGGGGUGUACGGCGGCAAGUGUAGCGCCCACGAACCAAGCCACCACCACCAUUCUCUUGCAUGCUAUCCUUCUGGGCGCCUUGUGUGGGUAGUAGAUGAUCAGAUACCUCUCCACCCCCAGCACUAUCAUGUUGGUGAUGGUAAUUAAGAUUGGUACGAUCUGGAAAUACCUGUGGACACGGCCCACUAGAUCACUGGACAGGAAAUCAGUUGUGAGCUCUGCUAGCAGGAGUGGAAUGGCCAACAGAGCGGACAUGAGGUCGGACAGGGCCAGGCUCCGGACAAAGUACUUGGUGGUAAGACGGCGCUGGAGUCUGGUGGUGAUGAUUGGUUUUGGCUUGUACAGGUAGAGUACCAGUGUGUUGCCGCAUACCGAACAGACGGCCACAAAGACCAUGAUGGAGACAAACACCCACCUCAGACCGUACGGGACGGACUUCCACACGUAGCGAAGGUGGUGCAGGGGGGCGUGCGUUGCUUCCAUCACUCGACCCUAUCGCCAUGCGCAAGUGGUCUUGUUUUACUUAUCUGGGGAAUUGAAAAGAUAAUUGUAGAUUGUUGUUGAUACUAGAUGGAGUGUUUUUCCUCUUUGACGGUAGAAAUACAGAUCCAUGCGUAUAACAUGAGCUUACUUGUAACGGAAUAACAGCAAUAGCUGUACGAUUCCUCAAAGUUUAUUCUAAGCGCCCAAUUUCAAGUGAUGGCUUGGUAUUUGUUAAUGUCUCUCAGUUAAGUUUGAACAUUUCUGACGAGCAUCACCGCUAUGUAAAUUGGCACGAAGUCAGACGAGGACGCUUACGACCCUUUCCUUCCCCCCUAUGAACGCAUAAGGUCCCCUCCCAAGUGAACGCUAUGAUAUUAUUUGUUUUGGGCUCCUUCCCAUUUCGCAUUAUUAAUUUGUUUGUGAACUAAACAACGGUGCGUAAUAAUAACAGGAAAAGACGUAUGCCCCAAAUGACCCAAGCGCACUUUGUUAAGAAAGACCAUAAAAAUGCAUGAAUUAUAGGAGGGUAACAUUAUCAGUUCUGUAGAUUACUCCAAAUUCCUCUUACAUGGGUGUUUUUGGUAAACAAGUUAAUCUAUCAAAGAACUAGGCAAAAUCUCUCCCCCACAUAGCGUUUUAUUUGUACUAAAACAUAUAGGAAAAACAUAACGCACGAUACAGGCCCGUAACCAGAAUUUUGGGCUUUGUU